AAUGCCCAACAAUUUUUUGACAAGCGUUGACAACACCGACUGUCAAAAAUUAUCUAAAUUCACAACUAAUCAAACGCAACGAAGUUAGAUUUCUUUUCUGCUGUUGAUCAAACGCCCAAUAAUUUUUUUGUUUUCCUAUUGUGUGCGCGUGUGAUUUUCUUUAUAGAUAUCCACAUAACAUUCCAAAACGCAGAACUUCAACAAUAACCUAAGAAAUACUUUGGCAGAGAGCGCAAAAAUACAAGCCAGCAACGAUGAACUUUCUCGGAUUUGGUCAAUCGGCCGAGAUCGAUAUCGUUUUUGAUGGAGCGGAAAACAGGAAAACUGCCGAGGUCAAGGGAGAAGAUGGAAAAAUUGAAAAAAUGCUGUUGUAUUAUGACGGUGAAACUGUGUCGGGCAAGGUUAAUGUGACACUCAAGAAACCUGGCAGUAAACUGGAGCAUCAGGGCAUAAAAAUCGAUUUCAUUGGCCAGAUAGAGCUAUUUUAUGAUCGUGGCAAUCACCAUGAAUUCAAAUGCAUUACUAAGGCCUUGGCCCGCCCCGGUGAUCUUAUACAAAACCACAGUUACCCUUUCGAUUUUCAAAAUGUUGAAAAGCAAUUCGAGGUUUAUGCUGGUUCAAAUGUACGCUUGCGUUAUUUCUUGCGUGCAACCAUUGUGCGUCGCAUCAGUGAUAUUACGCGUGAAGUGGACAUUGCUGUUCAUACGCUUUGCAGUUAUCCAGAGAUGAAUAAUCCUAUAAAAAUGGAGGUAGGCAUAGAGGAUUGCCUUCACAUCGAGUUCGAAUACAAUAAAAGUAAAUACCAUUUGAAAGAUACAAUAAUCGGUAAGAUAUAUUUCUUGUUGGUACGCAUUAAAAUAAAACAUAUGGAAAUUGCAAUUAUUAAACGCGAGUCCACUGGCACUGGACCGAAUAUGUUCACUGAAAAUGAAACAAUCGCUAAAUACGAGAUAAUGGAUGGUGCACCGGUGAAGGGCGAGAGCAUACCAAUCCGCGUAUUCCUUGCCGGUUACAAUUUAACACCGACUAUGCGCGAUAUCAACAAAAAAUUCUCGGUAAAGUACUUCCUAAAUUUGGUGUUGAUGGACACUGAGGAUCGUCGUUACUUCAAGCAACAGGAGAUAACGCUCUGGCGCAAAGCAGACAUACCGCGUUACCACAACCAAGGCCAACAACAACACACGAGUAUGGUGCACUCUCAUCACCCGCAACAUGCGCCUGCACAUCUGGUUGGUGGGCCUCCAGCGCCCACAAUGACCAGUGUUGGGAGCGGAUCCACUGCAACUGGAAUGGAUAGUGAUUCAAGCGCUACAGGCACUGUGCCUGAGAGUAAGAUGGGCUUGUUCACACGUGAAAGCCCAAAUCAAGAAUUCACUCAGCAAGUGGAUUCAUUGCCCACUUCACCAACAACACCACCUCCUGUGGAACGUGGCAUUGGUGAUGGUGCAGCCGCAACCAACACUUCGCCUGUUAUGUUAUCUACUACACCACCGCCAUUGUCACCAGUGUCAGCAACAGCAGCAGCGCUUGGUACAAAUCCCGAUAAUGAUGAUUUUGUGGGUGCCGAAACGCGACCGAUAAUAGCGGCUACAGCGCCAGUGGAAGUAACACCAGACACUGAUGAUGGCAUGACAAAUGUGUCGCUUGCCCCCACUGAUAUAGAUAUUGUUGUGGCGGCUGCAAAACCAGACGCAAAUGUCGUUGAGAAGACGCUUGAAGCAAAAAAGCGUGAAACAGCCGCACCACUUAUUGCGGAUUGAAAAUGCUUAGAGUUAGAAAACAGACAGACAAUUAGUGUUGCAAGUGCUUAAAGCUUUCACUUUUAAAGCGAUUCACCCAAUGAAUGUCUCUGCGCAUUGUUCGUUGGCUGUAACUCUACUAUUGCUAUCAAUAUCACAUACAUAUUCCUGGGUUUUUAAGUUAGGUGGCGUAUCGACGACGCACUCAAGAACAGCACACAAAUUCAGAUUUGAUUAAUAGCAAUUUGUGUUCAUUGUUUCUGUUCCAUUAACCUAACAAAAAAUAAGCAAUCGAUACCCUUUGACCCCUUCUUACAUAUAACCACAAUACGCCCGUUCUCAUAAAAAAACUCUGAUAUUUUUCCAUUGUUAUUAAAAUUGUAUAAAACUGCACUGUUCUCCAAAAUUAUAUUUGUAUUAAUAUUUCGUCUUUAGUUAUUUAAAAAUUGUAUUCUAAAGCAAAAAACAAAAUGUUACACGUUGCACGGAGUAGUGUAUGGUUAUAAACGAAGAAUAUCUUUGAAAAUAGCAAAAAAAAAUGUUUGUAUCUUGUAGAAAAUAAGUAAAUCGUACAUAAAAUAUAUUAUGCAUUAAACAAUUUAUUAAUAAAUAAAUGAAAAACUA